AGUAACACACACACACACACACAAGCAAAAUAAAUACUUGCUUCGCAUCUGCAGGCAUCCUGAGCUCUGAAAUGGGCACCAUGUUGAUGAGGAAAAGGCCAUGAGUGUCACUGAGGAAGCUUACUGGGUGGGAAAAGAGGAAGUGCUGGGCAGGAAAGGAAAGUGUGGCAAUUGCAAGAGGAGCUUGGGGGACCAUCGGCAGACUCAAGCUUGGGGUCUACCUGGCCUGUGGGAGAGCUAUUCGCCUGGCUCCCAUGCUGCGUCCCUCCAUGGAACCGACCCCAGCAUCAGCCCACUGGGACAUCACUCCUGAACACUCCUGAGCAUCUACCGAGUGUCAGGCCUGCACCCUGAGGAGCCCAGUCACAGUGGGAAAGCCCUAGAGACAUCAGAGCUGCCCUGGUACGCCAUGCCGGCAGAGUGCUUUCUAUAAACAGUCCUAGUUAAUGCUCACAACAAAAUCUCAGUUGGAGCAGACCCUUCUCUGCUUCCCAGGCUUAGAGUAAAACCCAGACUCCUCCUUUGCAUGCCCAGCCCCUGGGCACAGUCUCCCUGCUCUUGGCUGCCCUGAUGGCUGCAUUGUUCUCUCCCUGGAGCUCCUUCCUGCCUUGGGGCCUUUACAUAGGCCUUUCUGACUGUCCCCAGCAUCUUUUCUAUGGCUCUUUUCCUGGCUGCUUCCUUCUUAUCUCUCUGGCUUAUAUGCCAUUUCUCGGGAGGUACCUGACCUACAGACCCUCUGUAAAGUUGCCAUUGCCCCACAGACACUCUGUGUGGAGACCCCAUCACCAGAAACUGCUACUGCUCUAAUAGGGUCUUACAGGGUGUCACGUGGAAAUUAGGAACUGCCAGUGAGGCCCAAAGCUAAGACAGAAGACAGUGCUUCCGCCAUUCCAAGCUCAUGGAACAGACAGCUCCGGCUGGUCUAAAGUGCUACCUGGAAGGCCCAGCCCUGCAUCCCCUGCUGUGAACUUAAGAGGGGUGUUUCAGAUGCCUUCAGGAGAUCAUUGGGAGCCUGGUUUGCUGGGCCCUAAAAGCAUCAUGCUUCCUCCCCACUUUUUUUGUGGGGAGGAGGAAGGAAAUGGAGUGAGGCCUCUUUGCCUGUGUGUCCCUCUGAUCCAGUGGUCCUGGACUUCUUGCUGCGCUUAACCACUCUACAUCUGCACCUCACUGCAAGGACUCUGCCAAAUACAGGGAUCACUUGUGGAGUUUUCAGUUUGAUAUUCAACCUGGGUCUGGGGCCAGGCAAGUGAAGAUGAAUCUUCUAGAUGCAAGAGAACCUGGAGUGGUAUAGUCAUUUACCACAUCUCACUGAAGCUGAUCCCUUUGACAUCUCCGGACACUCCUGUUGGCUCAGGCAGAAAGGGUGUGGGAUGGCAGACAGGUUAGCAAACAAUCUCUGGAGAGGGGGCUAUAGGAUCUAGCUACUCCUUGCUCCCCUUCUGGCAGCCAGGGCUCUCUUCCCUGCCACACCAGCACCAUGGACUCCCCAGGGUACAACUGCUUUGUGGACAGAGACAAGAUGGAUGCUGCCAUCCAGGACUUGGGGCCGAAGGAACUAAGCUGCACUGAGCUGCAGGAGCUUAAGCAGCUGGCACGCCAGGGAUACUGGGCUCAGAGCCACGCCCUGAGGGGAAAGGUGUACCAGCGUCUGAUCCGGGACAUCCCCUGCCGCACUGUCACGCCCGACGCCAGCGUGUACAGUGACAUUGUGGGCAAAAUUGUGGGCAAGCACAGCAGCAGUAGCCUGCCCCUGCCAGAGUUUGUGGACAACACCCAGGUGCCCAUCUAUUGCUUGAAUGCUCGGGGCGAGGGUGCUGUGCGCAAAAUCCUCCUGUGCAUUGCCAACCAGUUCCCUGACAUCUCCUUCUGCCCCGCCCUGCCGGCCGUGGUGGCACUGCUGCUCCACUACAGCAUUGACGAGGCCGAGUGCUUCGAGAAGGCCUGCCGCAUCCUGGCCUGCAAUGACCCCAGCAGGAGGCUCAUUGACCAGAGCUUCCUGGCCUUCGAAUCGUCCUGUAUGACGUUUGGGGACCUGGUAAACAAGUACUGUCAGGCGGCCCACAAGCUGAUGGUGGCCGUGUCAGAGGAUGUCCUGCAGGUCUACUCUGACUGGCAGCGCUGGCUGUUCGGGGAGCUGCCCCUCAACUACUUUGCCCGUGUCUUUGAUGUCUUCCUGGUGGAAGGCUAUAAGGUGUUAUAUCGCGUCGCGCUGGCCAUCCUCAAGUUCUUCCACAAGGUGAGAGCUGGUCAGCCCCUUGAGUCAGACAAUGUGAAGCAGGACAUCCGCAUGUUCGUCAAGGAUAUUGCUAAGACGGUGUCCCCUGAGAAGCUGCUAGAGAAAGCAUUUGCCAUCCGCCUCUUCUCCCGCAAGGAGAUCCAGCUCCUGCAGAUGGCCAACGAGAAAGCGCUAAAGCAGAAGGGCAUCACGGUCAAACAGAAGAGUGUAUCACUUUCUAAAAGGCAGUUUGUGCACCUGGCUGUCCAUGCAGAGAACUUCCGCUCUGAGAUCGUCAGUGUGAAGGAGAUGAGAGACAUCUGGUCCUGGGUCCCUGAGCGGUUUGCCCUUUGCCAGCCCCUUCUGCUCUUCUCCUCACUGCACCAUGGGUAUAGUCUGACCAGGUUCUAUUUCCAGUGUGAGGGACAUGAGCCCACCCUCCUGCUCAUCAAGACCACGCAGAAGGAGGUGUGUGGAGCUUAUCUGUCAACAGACUGGAGUGAGAGAAACAAAUUCGGAGGCAAACUGUCCUUUUUCGGAACUGGAGAAUGCUUUGUAUUUAGGCUGCAGCCAGAGGUGCAGCGUUAUGAGUGGGUAGUCAUCAAGCACCCAGAACUGACCAAGCCUGUACCCUGCACAUCCACCCACUCCAGCUGUUCAGACCCAGCUGACCGACUCUCACCAUUCCUGGCUGCUCGGCACUUCAACCUGCCCUCCAAGACUGAGUCCAUGUUCAUGGCUGGGGGCAAUGACUGCCUCAUCAUUGGGGGAGGGGGUGGCCAGGCGCUCUACAUCGACGGGGACCUGAACCGGGGCCGCACGGGACACUGCGACACUUUCAACAACCAGCCCCUCUGCUCAGAGAACUUCCUCAUCGCUGCUGUGGAGGCCUGGGGCUUCCAAGACCCUGACACCCAGUGAUGGGCCUGCGCUGAUGAGCCUGAAGCUCUUGGUGGGCCUUUCCUUGCUGCAAGGCCACCUGAAGAGGUGGCCUCAGGAGGGACCCUCUCUGAUCAACCCCCCAACCAGCCAGUGCCAUUUCCAGAGGGCUGCCCAGAGAUGCGUGGACUCAUUGU